UUUUGAAUAAUUGAGAGGCCUUGUUUGAGCAUUGUCUCCUGACUCUACAUUUUCAUCCUCCAGGGAUUUUCAUUUUCAUUUUGCUGGUGAGAGCUCUCUUCACAUUUCAUUGCUGAAAUCUUUCAUUUCCUUGUUUCCUUUCUCACAUCAUCAGCCUUAACAUCUCUGCUUCUGUUCUUCAAGUUGAAUCCAAUAGCAGUCAUAUGCUUUUUCACUCUAUUCCCCUCCAUAGCCCUUUGUCAGAUCGUUUGCAACUCUCCCCACCCUCAUACUCAUUCUGAUCUCCUCUGCUCAUUUUCUUUCUCAUUUUGCUCAUAUGUCUAUGUCGCUCUGCUCCUUUGCUUGCUAAACCUUUCAAUUUCUUUGAUUUCUGGUUUUGCAAUUCUGAUUCCUGUAGCUAUCAGCCUGUUGUUAGUUUACUGCUUCUGUUCUUUUGGUUUUCUGUCAUCGAUCUGAUCUGUGUUCCAAAAGAGAAGAAAGGAGUCGCGAGUAGAAAAUGGUAGAAAUUGUUCUUUCGGUUGCAGCAAAAGUUUCAGAGUACCUGGUUGAUCCAGCUGUACGUCAGCUGGGUUAUCUGUUUAACUACCGUGCCAACAUUGAGGACCUCUCUCAACAGGUUGAGAAGCUGAGGGUUGCCAGGGCUAGGCUGCAGCACUCUGUGGAUGAAGCUAUUGGGAAUGGACAUAUAAUCGAAGAUGAUGUUUGCAAGUGGAUGAAACGUGCUGAUGGGUUCAUACAAAAUGCUUGCAAAUUCCUUGAAGAUGAGAAGGAGGCGCGGAAGAGUUGUUUCAAUGGGUUGUGUCCUAAUUUGAAGUCCCGGUACCAGCUAAGCAGGGAAGCAAGGAAGAAGGCAGGGGUUUCUGUUCAAAUCCUUGGAGAUGGCCAAUUUGAGAAGGUAGCAUAUCGUGCCCCUCUGCAAGGGAUAAGGUGCAGACCUUCCGAAGCUUUAGAGUCAAGAAUGUUGACUUUGAAUGAAGUCAUGGAGGCCUUAAGGGAUGCCAAGAUCAACAAGAUCGGGGUAUGGGGGUUGGGCGGUGUCGGGAAGACCACGCUGGUGAAACAAGUGGCUGAACAAGCUGCUCAAGAGAAGUUAUUCGACAAGGUGGUCACGGCAGCUGUGUUAGAGACUCCAGACUUAAAAAAAAUUCAAGGGGAACUUGCAGACCUUCUAGGUAUGAAAUUUGAGGAGGAGAGUGAACAGGGAAGAGCAGCUCGACUAUAUCAGAGGAUGAACGAGGAGAAGACCAUCCUCAUCAUCUUGGAUGAUAUUUGGGCGAAAUGUGACUUGGAGAAAAUAGGAAUUCCUUCUCCAGAUCACCACAAAGGAUGCAAAUUAGUGCUAACUUCUAGAAAUGAACACAUCUUGUCCAAUGAGAUGGAUACUCAAAAGGAUUUUCGAGUUCAACCUUUGCAAGAAGAUGAAACAUGGAUUUUAUUUAAGAACACAGCUGGUUCCAUUGAAAAUCCAGAGUUGCAACCUAUAGCUGUUGAUGUAGCAAAAGAAUGCGCGGGUUUGCCACUUGCAAUAGUAACUGUGGCAACGGCAUUGAAAGGCGAGAAGAGUGUGUCCAUUUGGGAGGAUGCCCGGCUACAACUGAAAUCGCAAACCUCGACUAACGUAACAGGACUGACAACAAAUGUAUACUCAAGUCUGAAGUUGAGCUACGAACACUUGAAGGGAGUUGAAGUGAAGUCAUUUUUCUUGCUUUGUGGUUUAAUUUCUCAAAAUUAUAUUCAUAUAUGGGACUUGUUGAAAUAUGGUGUGGGUCUGCGAUUAUUUCAAGGAACUAAUACAUUGGAAGAGGCGAAAAAUAGAAUAGAUACAUUGGUUGACAACCUCAAAUCCUCAAACUUUUUACUAGAAACUGGCCAUAAUGCCGUUGUUAGAAUGCAUGAUCUUGUUCGGAGUACUGCCAGAAAAAUUGCAUCCGAUCAACAUCAUAUGUUUACACUCCAGAAUACUACUGUUAGAGUGGAAGGAUGGCCAAGGAUAGAUGAACUCCAGAAGGUCACCUGGGUAAGUCUGCAUGACUGUGAUAUUCGUGAACUUCCAGAAGGGCUGGUAUGUCCAAAACUUGAACUUUUUGGAUGUUAUGGUGUAAACACCAAUUCGGCAGUGCAAAUCCCAAACAAUUUUUUUGAAGAGAUGAAGCAACUCAAAGUAUUAGAUUUAUCUCGAAUGCAACUUCCAUCGCUGCCCUUAUCACUUCACUGCCUUACGAAUCUUCGAACAUUGUGUUUGGAUGGAUGUAAGGUGGGAGACAUUGUUAUGAUUGCAAAGCUAAAGAAAUUAGAAAUUCUUAGCCUUAUGGAUUCUGAUAUGGAACAGUUGCCCAGAGAAAUAGCACAGUUGACUCAUCUAAGGCUGUUAGAUUUGAGCGGUUCUUCGAAACUAAAAGUAAUUCCAUCAGAUGUUAUAUCAAGCUUGUCCCAAUUAGAGAAUUUGUGUAUGGCAAAUAGCUUUACUCAAUGGGAGGGGGAAGGAAAGAGUAAUGCUUGCCUUGCUGAGUUGAAGCAUUUGUCUCAUUUAACCUCUUUGGACAUACAAAUACGAGAUGCCAAGUUGCUGCCAAAAGACAUAGUCUUUGAUACCUUGGUGAGAUAUAGAAUAUUUGUAGGUGAUGUCUGGAGCUGGGGAGGAAUUUUUGAAGCCAACAAUACAUUGAAGCUCAAUAAGUUCGAUACAAGCCUUCAUCUGGUGGAUGGUAUCAGCAAGUUGUUGAAGAGAACUGAAGAUCUACACUUGCGUGAAUUGUGUGGUGGUACUAAUGUUCUUUCCAAAUUAAAUAGGGAGGGUUUUCUUAAAUUAAAGCAUCUUAAUGUUGAAGGCAGUCCAGAGAUUCAAUAUAUUGUGACCUCGAUGGAUCUGACUUCAUCACAUGGUGCCUUUCCUGUUAUGGAGACCUUGUCUCUUAAUCAGCUGAUUAACUUGCAAGAAGUAUGCCAUGGCCAAUUUCCAGCAGGGUCCUUUGGUUGCUUGAGAAAAGUGGAAGUGGAAGAUUGCGAUGGCUUGAAAUUUCUCUUCUCGUUGUCUGUGGCUAGAGGCCUCUCCAGACUUGAAGAAAUAAAAGUAACUAGAUGCAAGAGUAUGGUUGAGAUGGUUUCCCAAGAAAGGAAAGAAAUAAGAGAAGAUGCUGUUAAUGUGCCUCUGUUCCCUGAAUUGAGAUACUUGACGUUAGAGGACUUACCCAAGCUCAGUAAUUUCUGCUUUGAGGAGAACCCGGUGCUUCCGAAGCCUGCAAGCACAAUUGUUGGUCCUAGUACACCACCUCUCAACCAACCGGAGAUUAAGGAUGGCCAACUUCUGCUUUCCUUGGGCGGCAACCUUCGGUCUCUCGAGUUGAAGAAUUGCAUGUCACUAUUGAAGCUAUUCCCACUCAGUUUGUUACAGAAUUUGGAAAAACUAAUAGUGGAAAAUUGUGGUAAGCUGGAACACGUAUUUGAUCUUGAAGAGCUAAAUGUUGAUGAUGGGCAUGUUGAGCUCCUCCCUAAAUUAGGAAAAUUGGCAUUGAUUGGUCUACCAAAGUUGAGGCAUAUAUGCAACUGUGGCAGCUCCAGAAAUCAUUUCCCUUCUUCCAUGGCUUCUGCUCCUGUAGGCAAUAUCAUAUUCCCUAAAUUAUUCCGUAUUUUUCUGCAAUCUUUGCCCAACCUCACAAGCUUCGUCUCCCCUGGAUAUCAUUCCCUCCAAAGGCUUCACCGUGCAAACCUUGAUACCCCCUUCCCAGUGCUCUUUGAUGAAAGGGUUGCAUUUCCUAGCUUGAAUUUCUUAAAGAUCUCGAGACUGGAUAAUGUGAAAAAAAUAUGGCCCAACCAAAUUCCUCAAGAUUCCUUCUCCAAACUAGAAGAUGUGAUCGUAUCAUCAUGUGGACAAUUGUUGAAUAUUUUUCCAUCUUAUAUGCUGAAAAGGUUACAGAGUCUAGGGUUACUGAUUGUACGUGAUUGUAGUUCAUUAGAAGCGGUUUUUGAUGUGGAAGGGACAAAUGUGAAUGUGGAUCUUGAAGAGCUAAAUGUUGAUGAUGGGCAUGUUGAGCUCCUCCCUAAAUUAGGAAAAUUGGCAUUGAUUAGUCUACCAAAGUUGAGGCAUAUAUGCAACUGUGGCAGCUCCAGAAAUCAUUUCCCUUCUUCCAUGGCUUCUGCUCCUGUAGGCAAUAUCAUAUUCCCUAAAUUAAGCGAUAUUACACUGGAAUCUUUGCCCAACCUCACAAGCUUCGUCUCCCCUGGAUAUCAUUCCCUCCAAAGGCUUCACCAUGCAGACCUUGAUACCCCCUUCCCGGUGCUCUUUGAUGAAAGGGUUGCAUUUCCUAGCUUGAAGUUCUCAUUCAUCUGGGGACUGGAUAAUGUGAAAAAAAUAUGGCCCAACCAAAUUCCUCAAGAUUCCUUCUCCAAACUAGAAGAUGUGAUCGUAUCAUCAUGUGGAGAAUUGUUGAAUAUUUUUCCAUCUUAUAUGCUGAAAAGGUUACAGAGUCUACAGUUGCUGAUGGUAGACGAUUGUAGUUCAUUAGAAGCAAUUUUUGAUGUGGAAGGGACAAAUGUGAAUGUGGAUUGUAGUUCAUUAGGGAAUACAAACGUAUUCCCUAAAAUAACUCGGCUCUCUCUCUGCAAUCUACCUCAACUCAGGAGUUUCUACCCGGGGGCACAUACUUCACAGUGGCCAUUGUUGAAAUAUCUGACAGUGGAGAUGUGUCCUGAACUCGAUGUAUUUGCAUUCCAACAAAGACAUCAUGAGGUAAAUCUUGAUGUUGCAUUCCCAAAUUUGGAGGAAUUAGAAUUAGGUCACAACAUAGAUACAUAAAUAUGGCCAGAGCAAUUUCCAGUGGAUUCCUUUCCCAGACUAAGAUUUCUGUCCGUAUAUGAAUGUAAAGAUAUUUUGGUUGUGAUUCCUUCCUUUAUGCUUCAAAUAUUACAUAAUCUAGAAGUACUUAAAGUGGAAGGAUGUACAGUCAAAGAGGUAUUCCAACUUGAAGGACUUGACGAGGAAAAUCAAGCCAAGAGGCUUGGACGGUUAAGAGAAAUAAUGUUGCGUUAUCUUCCCGUGUUGACGCAUUUGUGCAAGGAAAACUCCAAAUCAGGCUUUGAUUUGCAAAGUCUAGAGAGUCUUGAAGUGAGGGAUUGUGGCAGUUUGAUAAAUUUGGUACCAUCCUCGGUAUCUUUCCAGAAUCUAGCUACUCUAAAUGUGCAGUCUUGUGGUAGUCUGAGAAGUUUGAUAUCGCCCUCGGUAGCUAAAAGUCUGGUAAAACUCAAAACACUCAAAAUAGGUAGAUCAGAUAUGAUGGAAGAAAUAGUUGCCAACGAAGGAGGGGAAGCAACAGAUGAGAUUACUUGCUACAAAUUACAACACAUGGAGCUUCUGGAUUUGCCAAACCUCACAAGCUUCAGUUCAGGUGGUUAUAAAUUCUCAUUCCCAUCCUUGGAGCAGGUGCUGGUGAAAGAAUGCCCCAAGAUGAAAAUGUUCUCUUCAAGCCUCGUAACUACACCAAGGCUAGCAAGAAUAAAAGUGGGAGAUUAUGAGUGGCCUUGUCAGGAUGAUCUGAAUUACACCAUCCAUAAUUUGUUUAUAAAUGCACAUGGUAAUGUUGAGGCUGAGAUUGUGGAAUUGGGAGCUGGUUCAGCAUUAUGAUUACAUCAUGUUUUGUUCUUGGGAAUGUUACUCUUUGGCUGGAUUGAUUCCAUGUUAAUGCAAUAUGUAUCUGUAGACCCCUUUUCGGACCGACCGAAUGAAUUUUUUUUUUCCAUUUCUUUGAAGUAGGGGGGGACCUCUUUCUGGAAAAAAAGAGAGAAAUCGGCCGCAUGGGACAGGUGGCAAAGAUGGCAUGGUGGUAGCAGGGAGCAGGUGAAGACUUGUUGGGGAAGAAAGCUUUUCGGGGGGAUGGUCCAAAACGGGGAAAAAAAAGAAAAGGGAGGAGGUUUUUCUGGCGCUGAAGAGGAUUCCGGAAAAUUUUCGGGGGCUGGAGAGGGAAAGGAGCUGAACAAGAGAAAAACAGAGAUUGAGAGGAGAAGGAAAACAGAACAAAGAGUUUUUUGAGGGGAAAGCUUUUUCUUCAAUGGCAGAAAUGCCAUGCCUCUUUCACCUCCACGAAGACAAAGAGGAUCAUGGCCACGCUCCUGAGCAUAUCGACACCCUCCAUUCUCUUCCCUAUUGGGGUCUCUAUGACUUCGACAGCUUCAACGUUUUUGUUUUCGGUCAUCAUCCCAUCGCUGCCCAUACCCGUGAACUGUUCCAGACCCAGCUGGAGUGUUCGCUUCAUGUUCAAGCUGUAGACGACGUUUCCAAGCUCGAUUCCAUCACCACCUUGGAUCUAUUAGGCUGCAAAAAUCAGGUGCGUUUCGUUUUGAAUCUAUUUCAUCAGCGUGUUGAGCAAUUGCAUGUAAUGGAUGUGACUGAUCUGGUGUCGGAAACUGUAGAUGAUUCGGGUUUUUGGGGUUAUUAAGGGAAAAGAUAUGAGAGUGGGUCUUUGCUUCACUUUAUCAACAAGGAUACUGCCCAAAUAGAAAAUUCUUAAACAUUUGCUCUUUUCUUAUUUUUGUUUCCAAUCACAUAUCUUCCUAGCUUUUACAGAAACUAAAGUGAAGGAAUUGAAAAAGAAGAGAAGAGAUGGCUUCGCUAUAAAAUGGUGUUUCUUUUUUGCA